AUGAGCGCCACCCACGCCUGUUCACAGGGCCACCAGAGGCCGAAUUUGGAUACAGCGUCUUGCAGCAUGUUGGGGGUGGACAGCGAUGGCUGUCCAACAUACAUGGAUGUCGUCAUUGUUUUGGAUGGCUCCAAUAGUAUCUAUCCCUGGUCUGAAGUUCAGACUUUCCUUCGGAGGCUGGUAGGGAGACUCUUUAUUGAUCCGGAGCAGAUACAGGUAGGACUGGUACAGUAUGGGGAGAGCCCUGUGCACGAGUGGUCCCUGGGAGAUUUCCGAACCAAGGAAGAAGUUGUGAGAGCAGCAAGGAACCUCAGCCGGCGGGAGGGGCGAGAAACAAGAACUGCCCAAGCGAUAAUGCUGGCAUGCACAGAAGGGUUCAGCCAGUCCCGGGGGGGCAGACCUGAGGCUGCAAGGCUGCUGGUGGUUGUCACUGAUGGGGAAUCUCAUGAUGGAGAGGAGCUUCCAGCCGCACUAAAGGCCUGUGAGGCUGGAAAAGUAACACGUUACGGGAUCGCGGUCCUGGGCCACUAUCUCCGGCGACAGAGAGACCCUAGCUCUUUCCUUCGGGAAAUCAGAGCUAUCGCUAGUGAUCCAGAUGAGCGGUUCUUCUUUAAUGUCACAGAUGAGGCUGCACUGACGGACAUUGUGGAUGCACUGGGAGACCGGAUAUUUGGUCUGGAGGGGUCCCGUGGGGAAAACGAAAGCUCCUUUGGGCUAGAAAUGUCUGAGAUUGGCUUCUCCACCCACCGAUUACAGGAUGGGAUUCUCUUUGGGAUGGUGGGGGCCUAUGACUGGGGGGGCUCGGUACUAUGGCUUGAAGAAGGUCGCCGCCUUUUCCCCCCACGAACGGCCCUGGAAGAUGAGUUUCCCCCUGCCUUGCAGAACCAUGCAGCCUACCUGGGUUACUCUGUUUCCUCCAUGCUUCUGCCCGGUGGCCGCCGCCUCUUUCUCUCGGGGGCACCGAGGUUUAGACAUCGAGGAAAAGUCAUCGCCUUCCAGCUAAAGAAAGAUGGGUCUCUGAGGGUCACCCAGAGCCUCCAGGGGGAUCAGAUUGGCUCAUACUUUGGCAGUGAGCUCUGCCCAUUGGAUACAGACAAGGAUGGGAUAACUGAUGUCUUACUUGUGGCGGCCCCUAUGUUCCUGGGUCCCCAGAACAAAGAGACUGGACGUGUGUAUGUAUAUGUGGUGGGCCAGCAAAUUUUGCUGAUGCUCCAAGGAACCCUUCAGCCAGAACGUCCCCAGGAUUCUCGUUUUGGCUUUGCCAUGGCUGCUCUUCCUGAUCUGAACCAAGACGGUUUUGCUGAUGUGGCUGUGGGGGCUCCCCUGGAGGAUGGGCACCAGGGAGCGCUAUACCUGUAUCACGGAACCCAGAAUGGAAUCAGGUCCCAUCCUACCCAGCGGAUUGCUGCUGUAUCCAUGCCACAGGCCCUCCGCUACUUUGGCCGAAGUGUGGAUGGCCGGUUAGACCUGGAUGGAGAUGAUCUUGUGGAUGUUGCUGUGGGUGCCCAUGGGGCAGCCAUCCUGUUCAGCUCCCAGCCCAUCAUACACCUGUUGCCAACCCUGGAUGUGAAGCCACCACACAUCAGUGUGGUUCAAAAGGACUGUAGGCGAAGAGGCCAGGAAGCAGCCUGCCUCACUGCAGCCCUGUGCUUCCGAGUGACGUCUCACACUGCGGGGCGGUGGGACCGCAGAUUCUACAUCCAGUUCUCGGCAUCACUGGAUGAGUGGACAGCUGGGGCGCGUGCAGCAUUUGAUGGCUCCGGCCAGCGGCUGUCGCCUCGGCAGCUCCAGCUCAGUGUAGGGAAUGUCACCUGUGAGCAGCUGCACUUCCACGUACUGGAUACAUCAGAUUACCUCCGGCCAGUCGCCUUGACUGUGACCUUUACCUUGGACAACACCACAAAGCCAGGGCCUGUGCUGGAUGAGGGAUCGUCCACCUCUGUCCGAAAGCUGGUCCCCUUCUCAAAAGACUGCGGCCCCGACAAUGAAUGUAUCACAGACCUGGUACUUCAAGCGGACAUGGACAUCAGGGGCUCCAGGAAGUCCCCAUUUGUGGUUCACGGUGACCGACAGAAACUGCUGGUGUCAGCAACCCUGGAGAACAAGAAGGAAAAUGCCUACAACACUAGCCUGAGUCUCAGGUUCUCUAGAAACCUCCACCUGACCAGUCUUACUCCUCAGAGAGCCAAAUCAGUGAAGGUGGAAUGUACUGUCCCUUCCCCCCAUGCCCGGGUGUGCAUUGUGGGCCAUCCAGUCUUCCAGGCGGGGGCCAAGGUGACCUUUCUGUUAGAGUUUGAAUUUAGCUGCAGUUUCCUCCUGAGCCAGGCCUUGGUGAGGCUGACUGCCAGCAGCGAUAGCCUGGAGAGAAAUGAGACCCUUCAGGACAAUACAGUUCAGACCUCUGCCUACAUCCGAUACGAGCCUCACCUCCUGUUCUCUAGUGAGUCCACCCUACAUCGAUACGAGGUUCACCCUUACAGGACUCUCCCAGUGGGUCCUGGCCCUGAAUUCAAAACCACUCUGAGGGUUCAGAACCUUGGCUGUCAUGUGGUCAGUGGUCUCAUCAUCUCAGCCCUCCUUCCGGCUGUGGCCCACGGGGGCAGUUACUUCCUGUCACUGUCUCAAGUCAUAGCCAGCAAUGCAAGCUGCACAGUGCAGAAUCUGACUGAGCCCCCAGGACCCCCUGUGCACCCAGAGGAGCUUCAGCACACAAACAGACUGAAUGGGAGUAACACUCGGUGUCAGGUGGUGAGGUGCCACCUUGGACAGCUGGCAAAGGGGACUGAGAUCUCUGUUGGACUGCUGAGGCUGGUUCACAACGAAUUCUUCCGGAGGGCCAAGUUCAAGUCUCUGACGGUGGUCAGCACCUUCAAGUUAGGAACUGAGAAGGGCAGUGUCCUGCAGCUGACGGAAGCUCCCUGGAGUGAGAGCCUCUUGGAGGUGAUUCAGAGCCCCACCGUCCCCAUCUCCCUGUGGAUCCUCGUGGGCAGCAUCCUGGGAGGGUUGCUCCUGCUUGCUCUCCUUGUCUUCUGCCUGUGGAAGCUUGGCUUCUUUGCCCGUAAGAAAAUCCCCAAGGAAGAACCGACUGAUGAGAAGUUGGAGCAGUGACUGCAGAAGGGUCAGAAAGUCCUCCUUGGCAGUCUUUUCAAGAGACUCGUGUCAAAAAACGAGGCUUGGAGGCGCAGAGGGGAAAGGAUGCUUCUGGAAUAUGUCUCCAGACCUGCAGCCUGACUUGACUUUUGAGCCAUGGGUAUGUGGCUGGCAAGAGAUGAGGCUUUGCCUCAGACACGAAGGGUUGGCACCAAAACACAUAAUGUCCCCACCCUGUGCUUUCCUCCUGGCCCUGACGGGGUUCCACAGUCAACAUUGGGUCUUCGUUUCUCCCAUCACAAGGGGUCAAAGGAUUUUUUUUCCUGACACCUUCAGAUGCCCUUUGUCCUCCCUCGCGAUUCCGAAAAGGUUCUCCUCCACACCCCCACACCUCCCACACCCUCUCACCUUCCUGCCUGCUCCCCACUCCGCAGGAGAGAGCUGACGUUGACUUAAAAGAAGUAAAGUCAACAUCUGCGGCUCUCCUGUGGAGUCUAGUGAUUCACAGAGCCGGAUGGGGAGAGUCAACAGGAAAAGAGGGAGGAGAAAAAGCCACAAGAGACAUUCUGUACAAUUCCAAGGCACAGAGAAGCGUUCAGACAGGCAACCGCCAGCUCUCCUGAAACCUGAGACUUCAUGGGACGCCGGCCCUCAGGUGCUGGGGAAACCCAGCUGGCCCCCGGGGCUCUCUGGGCUUCAGCGUCCCAACCCUCAUCUUUCUUUAGGAGCAAAGCCAGGACCUGGCCCUGAGUUUUCUGGAAUCAGGGUCCCCCUGGUGGCUCAAAUUGGAAUAGCAGGGAGCUCGUUGGCAGCUUUUCCGUCUUUGCGGCUUCCUUGGAGAAAGCGGCUUGAUGGUGGGAAGCCCUUUGCCACACCAGUUUUGGGAAAUAGCAGCCGCUGCGAGAUCCAAACGAAGGGGAUCUGCAUCAAGAAACCUAAGUGGUUGGCAUGAGACCUCGGGGGAGUAAGCCCUUCCUUGUCCAGCAUCGGCUGACUUUAUAGCAGUACCGUCUUCCCUGGAAGAUCUUUCUGGGACUCGUGUCGUGUGUAGUGCGUAGGUUUCUCUGUUGGAGUGAGUUUUCAGCCUUAUUUGAUGUUUACUGGAAAACUCAAGUUAACUCUGAAUUCCCUCCCUCUUGUCCGAUGUUUUGGUUCAUGGGCCACUGGAAUUCUCAUAGUAACUGGGAAACUUGUUUUUUAUUGUAAGUAAGACUUUGAACAGCAAAGUCAGUUGCGGGUCGCCAGAGUUCAGCUCUGAUGGACAGAUACCCUCAGACGGAGAUCUGAUUGGGCCCCUGCCACAGAGCCUGUCUUCCCAGGCUGUUUGCAGUGUUUAUUUUGGUGUCUCUGGUCUUCGGCAGAGCCGCCCUCUGUGGGUAUUGUCGUUUCUACCACGGUGAUCAGAUGGUCAGAACAAAUAAAAUCCAGUAUCAAGUGACUUCUGGCUCUGUUUGGGUUUCCUUGGAUAUAGACUGC